CACCAAAACGAAGGUCUUUUUCCUUUGCUGCCUUCUUCGCUAUGGCUCCUCACACCGCACAGUUUCAGAACCGCCACAAUCAAGGUGGCGCACACACACACGGUAGUUCAACUUCCUUCUCAGAAUUCAGAACCGCCACAACCCACAAGGGCAAACUCGCCCUCAAGAAACGUGCUCCAAAAAUCGUUGAAACUGGGAAGAAAACGUUGUUGCUUCAUGGAACCAAAACGAGUGCGGUUUUGAAUGCUGUGUUAACUCAGAUUUAUCAUUUGAAGAAGGAAAGUGCGAUUAAGUAUAGUCGUAAGAAUGAUAAUAUUAAACCUUUUGAAGCUGGUGGUGAAACCUCUUUGGAGUUUUUCGCACAGAAAACUGAUUGCAGUCUCUUUCUGUAUGGAUCUCACUCAAAGAAAAGACCUAAUAACCUUGUUCUCGGGAGAAUGUAUGAUUUCCAUGUCUAUGAUCUGAUAGAAGUUGGUAUUGAAAAUUUUAGAGGCAUGGAGUCAUUUGAUUAUGACAAGAAAAUAGCUCCGAAGGAAGGGUCAAAGCCUUUUAUGGCUUUCAUUGGGGAAGGAUUUGAGUCUGUGAACGAACUUAAACAGUUGAAGGAAGUUUUACUCGAUCUUUUUCGCGGAGAGGUUGUGGAGAAUUUAAAUCUUGCCGGAGUGGACCGUGCAUAUGUAUGUACUGCCCUGUCUCCAACUAAGGUGUUUUUCACACACUGUGCAUUGCGGUUGAAAAAAUCUGGUACAGUUGUCCCAAGAAUGGAAUUGGUAGAAGUUGGUCCUUCCAUGGAUAUGGUUAUUCGCCGGCAUCGUCCUCCUAAUGAAAGUGUGAUGAAGGAAGCCAUGAAAACUUCAAGGGACAAGCCAAAGAAAAAGGAGAAGAAUGUUAAAAAGGAUCCCCUACAAGGAAAGAUUGGAAAUGUUUAUAUUCCAGAUCAGAAGAUUGGAGAAAUGGUUUUGCCUAAUAAAUCGAAAGGAGUGAAGAGGGAGCGCCGAGAAGCCAAGCAGCAGAAACAUGGGAGUGAUGAGCAUGCAUCGAAAAAGCAGAAGGACGAAUCUUCUUAAAAUUUUAUAUUAUAAAUUACACCUAUUGUCUUUCCCUGCCUGUCUUUUGAUCAUGAAGCAAGCCAUUGUAGUAGAUCAAACUAUAAUACAUUGGAUGUUGUUUAGUGACAUGAAUAUUCUAGAUUUCCCCCUUACAGGGAAUGAGUUUUGUUGCCAUUUAAUUGUAACCUGAUUUUUUUUGUGAUUUAGUUGGCCUUUAUCCUCGAGUGGAUUAGCGAGUAGUAGCUUCUUACAACCUA